GCCUACCCCCCUUCGAGGUUCCCCCCACUCUCUCUCUAUAGCCCUUCACCAAGGAAACCUCCCCACAUCCCUCCAGGUCCUUCAGUGUCCCCUUUGUCCCAUCAGGGUCCCUUGCUGCCUAUCAAUGUCUCCUCAGCAUCCCCUGGUGUCCCCCAGUGUCCCUCAGCUUCAUACAGGAGUCACAAAGUCUGUCCUCUGUGUCCCCUCGGUGUCCCACAGUGUCCCACAGUGGCCACUGUGGCCUCUCUCCUCCAUGGCCCCCUUGGCUCACACCCUGGCACUGCUGGCAAUGACCGUGGCCACUGCAGACAUCAAGGUGGUGCCCCUGGACAUGGCCCAGAACUCCUUUGAUGACCAGUACCUCAACUGUGGCCCUGCCAUCACUGAGGCCUUGCCGGCCCUCAAUGGCUCCGAGUUCCAGGAGAACAAGGAGUUUUCCCAGGCCUGGGAGAAGGCCACGGCUGAGUGGCAGAAGCGGGGCUCCUAUUCAUCCCCUCUGUCCCCAGCCCAGGCCAUCGCCCUCAUGGCCUACACCAUGCCGGGCGUGCACAAGCAGUUCAACGCGGCCGUGCGCACGGCUGGGCGCUCCCGCCAGGAAUACCGGGACAACUUCCACUUCAAAACGCUGCAUUUCCUGCUGACCCAGGCCCUCCAGAAGCUGAGUCGCCCUAAUGAGUGUCCAGAUGUGUUCCGUGGGGUGAGGACGGUCCAGUUCAAUGUGACACCUGGCGAGAAAGUUCGCUUUGGUCAAUUUGCUUCAUCGUCGCUGGACAAAAAGGUGGCCCAGGGUUAUGGGAACGUCACGAUGUUUGAGGUGCACACGUGCCACGGAGCAGACAUCCAGAAUUUCUCCUUCAAUCAAAGUGAGAAGGAGGUGCUGAUCCCGCCCUUUGAGAUCUUUGUGGUCACCGAUGUCACCAGGGAAGGGAAGAAGGUGCAGAUUGAGCUUCGCUCCACUGGGAACUCCAGCAACUACAACUGCGAGUGGCUGCAAGGUGGGAGCCUACCCAGGAACUCCCCCCACCUUGGGGGGCUUCUCCUGGCUACCAUGGCCAUGGCAGUGGCCAUAGGAACCCUCUAAGCCACAAGGCCACCAAGGUCACUGUGGUCUUUGAAGCCAUUGUGGAAGGCCACCAGGACGAAGGCCACCAGGACGCACAGAGAAAUGUGCCAAGGCUACCAAGGCCAUUAUGACCACUAUGGUCCCUUUGUCUACUUGACCACUGUGGCUGUUAUUGCCACUAUGGCCACUGUGGCAACUUUGGGCAUUGGAACCACCAUGGUCAGCAUGGCCAUUGUGCCCACAGUGACCCGUGAUGUCACUGUGCCUACUGUGGCUCCCAUGGUCACCGUAACUGCUGAGGCCACCAUGGCCACCGUGGUUACCCAGGUGACCAAAGUCACCGUGGCCACCAUGGUCACUGUGGCAAGGCGUCCCUCCUGGAAAAGCCCCUCCGAGAGCUGCCCAGUGAGGGAGCCAUGCCAGGGCAGCAGGACCAGCACAGAGGGGCUGGAGCAGCCAGGACAGCACAGGACAGCAUGGACAGCAGAGACUGGGCAUCACCUGGGGCCACUUGGGCACUUCCCGAUAGAGGGGUUUGGGAGUGGCAAUGUCAUGGCCACCUGCUAACGCUCCUUGGCUGCCUCACCUGAUGUAGCAAUAAAUUGCCAUUUGCUCACCUGCCAUAUAAGAAAUGUAUCAAAACCUUGAUCCUUGCUUGCCUGGCGCAUCAAAUGUUUAUCAGAAAUUUGAUCCUUGCUCGCCUGGUGUAUCAAAUGUUUACCAAAAUUUGCCGCUGGCUCACCUGAUGUAUCCGCUACAGCUCCUUUAAUGCCUUUCCUGCAGGACUCAUGAUUUCCUAAAAUAAAGCAGUUCCUGGAGUUUACCUUA